UAAAAAAGUGACUAAGAAAAAGUACAAGUCAAAACAUUGGGAUCUGGUGGCUCUUGGAGAUAUUGUCAGGGAAAAAACUCUGAUAGUAGACAGCCUAGACAUGAGGGAGGAAUUGAAGGAAUGUCGAACUGAGCCAAUUGACCAAGUAAAACCUGUGGUUCUUGAUGAGAAGAGGCCCGAGCGUACAGUCAACAUUGGUUUAGACAUGGAUCCAAGCUUUAUGGCGCAAUUGGAAAAUUGCUUAAGGGAGCAUAAAGACAUUUUUGCAUGGUGUCCAGCAGAUAUGCCAGGUAUCGAUCCAAAGGUUGCAUGCCAUAGGCUUGGAGUUAACCCAGAUGCUGUUCCUGUUAGACAGAAAGUGCGACACUUCGGGGCUGAAAGGACUGUAGCUAUUGAAGAAGAGGUAGCAAAGCUUAAAGAGGCAGGAUUCAUUCAAGAGAUUACUUUUUCUGAAUGGUUAUCAAAUGUGGUGAUGGUGAAAAAGGCCAAUGGAAAGUGGCGAAUGUGUGUGGACUUUACAGACUUAAAUAAGGUAUGUCCCAAAGACAAUUAUCCUUUGCCAAAUAUUGAUGAACUAGUUGAUAAUUCCUCUGGUUAUGUGGUUUUGAGUUUAUGUGAUGCAUACUCUGGGUAUAACCAAAUUCCUAUGGCAAAGGAGGAUCGGGAUAAAACUGCAUUCAUAGCAGCAGACCAACACAUUGAAGACCUGAAACAAGUCUUCGAGGUACUCAAAACCCAUAACAUGAAGCUGAAUCCUACAAAAUGCACUUUUGGAGUCAAGGCUGGGAAAUUCUUAGGAUUCAUGUUGACAAGCAGGGGCAUUGAAGUCAAUCCAGAGAAGAUUUGUGCAAUGUUGGAGAUGAAACCUCCAUCCUCAACAAAGGAAGUUCAGAAGCUAAUGGGAAAGGUAGUUGCAUUGAGUAGGUUCGUAUCAAAAUCUGCAGAACGAUGCCUACCUAUUUUUAAAACUUCUCGUGGCCUAGUGGGUGAGGGUAAUGGAGCUUUUAAACUCGUUAAGCCGAGUGGAACUCCAAUCCCAAGGGCUUGGAAUGCAGUUCAUAUGAAGAAGUAUUAUCAGUAAUUUUUUCUUGUUUUAGCAAGGUUGAAUAAAUUUUGUGAAUAAAACCUUUGCCAAUGU